AUGAGUUUCGGCUUCGGCUCCCUUAAUAAUUCACAACCUUCCACAACGCAGUCUCAAGAUCCCGCUAGUACUAAACCACUAUGGUCUAUUAGUUCGUCUGGGACCUCAGAUCCGAAUAAAACGACUACUACGGGGGGCGGAUUUUUUGGAAACCCUCCUCCUACAACUACUGCAACUUUCGGAUUUGGUCAAACGAGACCUACAAAUGCUUCUUUUAAUGCCACUUCACAGUCUCAAACAUUUGGUUUUCCUCAGUCAGCGACCCAGCAACAAACGAAUGCUGUCCCUACCGGGUUUACUUUUGGUCAAUCAGCGGCCCAACAACCAACAACAACCGCCUCUAGCGGGUUUACUUUAGGUCAGUCUGCGUCCCAGCAACCAACAACAACUACUCCCACCGGAUUUACUUUAGGUCAGUCUGCGUCCCAGCAACCAACAACAACUGCCUCUACCGGGUUUACUUUAGGUUCUAGUAAAACGGAAACUUCGUCCAAUUUUGGCUUAUUUGGGGCUAACACUACAUCAAAUUCUAGUUUUAGCGGCUUUGGUUUUGGUGGUUUAGGUGCGAUGACAACAUCAUCGGACAUAUCUCCUUUUGGUAUGACUAUAACUGCUCCGGGUGGAUCAAGUCUCUUUCCAAAGAUGGGUCCUUCAUUGACUUCAUCUACCAAGCCGGGAUUGUUUUCGUCAUCUGUUUCAACCCCUACUGUUCCUACUGUUCCUACUGGUGGAUUAUUUAAUCAAAAAUCGGGUGCUUCAUUACCUUCAUCCACCAAGCCGGGAUUGUUUCCGUCAUCUAUUUCAGCCCCUACUGUUCCUACUGGUGGAUUAUUUAAUCAAAAGUCGGGUGCUUCAUUAACUUCAUCCACCAAGCCGGGAUUGUUUCCGUCAUCUGUUUCAACCCCUACUGUUCCUACUGGUGGAUUAUUUAAUAAGAACACAACUGCAACUACAACGUCUUCGUUACUUCCUUCUACAGCCUCAAUAUCAAAGACUUUACCUACUUUUACAAAACCAUCAAUACAGCAACCUGUUCCAGUAACGUCUUCUGCACCAGGGAGCUCUGCAUCAAUAAUCACAACACAAGCUUCAACAUCAUCGUCACUAUCAUUUUCGGCAUCAAGCCUCUCGCAGCUUAAGACAACCAGUGCUACGCAAGUCAAAACAACUGUGCCAAUACUUUCGGCAACAUUAUCAACACCUGCGACUUCUGCCGCACCUAUUGUGAAACCAAUUUUGUCGUCAACUACAGUAACAACGACUACAACUAGUGCAUCUGAUCAAAUACCAUCAUGGUUGAAAAAUAACAAUAUUGAAGGUAUAAUUAAAAAAUGGACAACAGACUUGGAUAAUUGCACUAAAAGGUUUCACAAUCAGGUUAGAGAAGUUAAUCAAUGGGAUCAAAAGAUUAUUGAAAAUAAUGGCAGGGUAACCAGACUUGCAGAACAACUAAAUAAAGCCGAGUCACUUCAGGAAGAAAUUAAUACUUGCUUAAAUGGUGUUGAGGCUCGUCAACAAGAGCUUGAAAAAGUUUUGACAGAGUAUGAAGAAAAAUUUGGUGAUCCUAGUUUGGAGGCAAUGAACCCAUUAGAUAAAGAAAGAGAAAAAACUUACGAAUUAGCAGAAUCUAUUAAUCAAGAACUUGAUAAUAUGAGUCAGAUUUUGUCUGCUAUGAUCACUGAUAUGAAUC